UGUACCUCCCUUUCUCCCUUUCCACUCUCACCCAACCUCCGAACAUACUGCCUCUAGAACUACUUUGCAACAACCCUCGCCAUGGACGAAGACCUUAUCGCCUUCGGCAUCGUAAUGGUGCUCUUCCUCUCUUUCCCUAUCCUCCUCGUCCUCGGUAUCACUGGCUGCGUCGCGUACGGCCGCACCAAAGCUUGGGACAAGUCGCGCAACCAGGCCACCGUUGGUCUCGAAGGUACCCCACUGGUCGACUCCGCCGACGAAGAGUCCGACUUCUACGACACCGACGACGAGACCGAACACAACAAGCGCAAGGCCGAAGAGGAAGCGGAGAGGUUCUUGACCUUUAAGCAGAAGUUCAGGAAGGAGUUCAAGAAGGCGUGGAGUGGCAGGGGCCGCGAGGAUGUCAUGAAGCAGAAGGAGCGUGAGGACAGGAAGAAGCUGGCUAAGGCGGUGGCAAGGGAGAUGGACCGUAGAGAGAGGCGCAGGGCAAGGCAGGCAGCGCAGGGUGUUGAGUCUGAGGACCUGCCGCCCUACAAGAAAGCUUAAAUACUAGGCUCCGCUGCUUCGAUACCAUAGCACACGAUGAUUUCGAAUAUGGGUUCGAGCACUUGGUGCGUGGAUCGUAGGAGCGACAACUAUUCUCUCUUGGCAUAAAUUGAACGUUUUAAACACCAUGCGCCAACAUUUAAGACAACCAGUGAAGCCAAACCAACAAAUAUAUCCCUUUCAAACGUUCAAUUUGUGGGCGCUGGCGGUCGUGAUACGCUCUGGGCGGGCACUAGAGCACGGUCCAGCUCAGUCUAUGAGGGGUGGCGGACGACCUUCAGUUCCUCAGCUUCCCCAUCAAUUCCAUCCAGCCUAAUUGAUUGAUCGAUAAUGGGACAUGGGUCCUACCUUUUGCCCAUGUUUCCUGCGCACCUAACAGGUUCUUCAGCGUGCCCGAGAACGGCUGCUUCAGGUGUUCCAUCUCCAUGA